UUUUCACUUUCCUGUGUUUUCCUGGAAGUGUAUAUAUUUUUUCUUGUGAUGCUUUCGCGUUUCCAUAUUCUUGAUCACUGCUGGUAUAUUCACUUGUUGGAUAAUUUAUGAUCAUCAAUAGCUGAAGGUUCUUCGGUGCAUAUGAAAAUCCUAACCAUAGAGUUACAAUUCAGUUGAUGUGCAAAGCAACAGUUUAUCGGUCUCCAUAACUUGCCUUUCUUUGUCAAAUUUUGAUCUUGGUCCAUCUGAGAUUAUUGGAGUCUUAACUCCUCGUACUCUUUGCUCAAUUGUCCGUAUUGUUUCUGUUGUUCCCAUUUGGUGAUUUUCUGUUGUUGUGGAUCAAAAUACAUUCUUUUCUGAUUUCCAUCUCUCUCUCUCUCUCUCUCUCUCUCUCUCGACCCAUGGCCUGAAACUCGAAACAAGUAUCCAAGCCACAAGCCACAAAGGUCCAAACGGAGCUAGUUUUUCUGAAAAUCAUCUAAAAUUUUUAGACCGAAGCUCCGCUUGUUAUAGCGAUCUCUCGUGAUCCUUUUUGUUAAUAGGAGUUUCGUAGGAGUUUUAAAGGUUCAGGUUGUAAUUUUAUGGGCCGUUAAAGUGUUGGAUUUUUUUUUGUGUCCUUGGUGAAAGUCUGUGUCUUAGUGUUGAUAAAAUUUUUCCAAGUUCUGAUACUCAAAUAGCUUUGCUGUCACAGUAAUAAUCCCAUCAUUGGAUUUUGCGCAUGAACAUUUUUUGCAAAUCGAGUUUACUUGAUUUGAGUCCCACAUGGUAUCCCCCUCUAUACUUGAAUCUUAGUUACAAAUAUAUGCACUCAUACUAUUGAAGAAUCUGCUAAUUUAGUGCCAAGUUGAUUUCCGAUUGAUCCCUUUCACAAGAAUAUUGUUGCCCUACUUUGCUCUUGCCUACAAAACUCAUUCUUUGAAUCUAUCCUAGCCUGCUCAAAGUGUGGACCUAAAUGUCAAUUAUAUGUGGCCUCCCUCUCCUUGAGUGUGUUUAUUGUCUCGCAUGCGCCCGCUGGGCUUGGAAACGAUGUCUCCACACUGCAGGACAUGAUAGUGAGACUUGGGGCAUUGCCUCAGCUGAAGAAUUUGAACCUGUCCCUCGCCUUUGUCGCUACAUUCUUGCUGUAUAUGAAGAUGAUCUAAGGCACCCCCUUUGGGAACCUCCAGGUGGGUAUGGAAUUAACCCAGAUUGGGUAAAACUGAAAAAAACUUAUGAAGAUACCCAAGGACGGGCUCCUCCCUAUAUACUAUAUCUCGAUCAUAGUCACUCUGAUAUAGUUCUUGCCAUUAGGGGUUUAAACUUGGCAAAGGAGAGUGACUAUGCUGUUCUCUUGGAUAAUAAGCUGGGAAAGAGGAAGUUUGAUAGUGGCUAUGUUCACAAUGGGCUAUUGAAUGCCGCUAAAUGGGUCUUGGAGGCAGAGUGUGAGGUGUUGAAGGACUUGGUGGAAAAGUAUCCAAACUAUACUUUAACUUUGACAGGGCAUUCCCUUGGAUCAGGUGUUGCAGCAUUGCUGGCGAUGGUGGUGGUUCAGAAUCAGGAUAAAUUGGGACACAUUGAAAGGAAGAGGAUUAGGUGCUAUGCUAUUGCGCCUGCCAGAUGUAUGUCACUGAAUGUAGCAGUCAGAUAUGCAGAUGUCAUCAAUUCUGUUGUGCUACAGGAUGACUUCUUACCACGGACAGCCACACCCUUGGAAGACAUUUUCAAGUCACUUUUCUGUUUGCCAUGCCUAUUGUGCCUAAGAUGCAUGAGAGAUACCUGUAUACCUGAGGAAAAAAUGCUCAAAGAUCCAAGGAGGCUCUAUGCACCUGGUCGCCUCUACCACAUUGUUGAGAGAAAGCCUUUCAGGAUGGGAAGGUUUCCUCCAGUUGUGAGGACAGCAGUACCAGUAGACGGGAGGUUUGAGCACAUAGUUCUGUCUUGUAAUGCCACUUCUGACCAUGCUAUCAUUUGGAUAGAGAGAGAAGCUCAAAGAGCGCUGGAUUUAAUGCUUGAGAAAGAUCGGAUCACAGAAAUUCCAGCAAAGCAAAGAAUGGAGCGGCAGAAGACUUUAGUUAAAGAACACACUGAAGAGUACAAAGCAGCACUACAAAGGGCUAUUACACUGGAUGUGCCACAUGCUUAUUCUCCUAAACAGUAUGGAACUUUUGAUGUGGUUGAGGAAGGAGAGCACUCAGAGUCAGACAGAUCAAUUGGUGAAUCUUCUUUAGGUUCGUCUGAGAAGAGCAAGAAAAACGAAAGCUGGAAUUAAAUCAUUGAGAGUCUCUUGGACAAGGAAGAGUCAGGUUACAUUGUUCUCAAGAAAUCUCAUAUGGAUGAUUGAUGUUGGGACUUAAGUAAUAUAUGAGAAAGAAGGCAAAGUUUGCGGUUGACCCCCAUUCAUUGAUUGAUUGUAACAUUUUUUUUUCUCCAUUGAGCUACUUAUAAACAAAAAGACCAUUUUCCCCCA